AUGCCGCUCGCAUACCUGCAAAUGUUUGUUUAUCUGCUGCACAAAUCCAAGUACCGGAGAAAAUGCGCCCACCGCCCCGUGGACCUGUGCAGCGUUACGCUUUUGCUGGUGGCUUUGUCCUGCCAUCUCGGCACGACGGCCGUUUCGAGCCACGGACUGGCCGGAGUGGCGACCGAAACCGGCAGCAGGUGUACGGAGGUGCGUUGCAUGAACGGCGGCAUCUGCAAGAACGGAACCUGUCUCUGCCCGGACGGAUGGCAGGGCUCCGAGUGCCAAUUUUGCGGUGGUAAAGUUAGAUUAACCGACCCAUCCGGCAGCAUCCACGAUGGGUUCGGAAACUACUCGAUCGGUGUCAAGUGCAGCUGGCUAAUUGAUGCGCGCGAUCACAACAAUAUCAACGACAAAACGUCAACCGACACGACGCCUUCCGUUAUCCGGCUACAUCUGGAGGAAUUCGCCACCGAAUGUGGUUGGGAUCAUCUGUACGUGUAUGACGGUGACUCGGUGGAAUCGCCCCUGUUGGCCGUGUUUAGUGGGCUAAUGUACCGGCAAAACGUCACCAUCCGACGGAUACCGGAGGUGUUCGCACACUCGGGCUCGGCAUUGCUGCACUUUUUUAGCGACGACGCGUACAACAUGUCCGGGUUCAACAUCUCGUAUCAGGUGAACGCAUGUCCGACGAGCAACUCAUCGCUCGUCUGUUCGGGCAACGGAGACUGCUGGAAUGGCGAGUGUAACUGUAAUUUCGGAUUCACCGGACCGGCCUGUAACAUCCCCCGGUGUCCGCGGUUCUGCUCGUCCCACCUGGGCCGAGGCGUGUGUGACGAAAAGCAGCAGCGGUGUGAAUGUCGUCCGGGAUACACCGGCAGUGACUGCUCGCAGGAGAUUGCACACGGCUAUUGGACGGCGAUUGGGGCUGGCAAGACGGACGGGUUUACACCACCGGGAAGUGCGUCCCACGGGGCGGCCGUUUUCCACGACACGCUGUAUGUGGUGGCGGGCGAAAGCUACGGCAAGGCAAAGGCCCUGCUCUACAUGUAUGACUUCAACGGGAAGGUGUGGGAGACGGCGCACACUGAAAGCCGGCCAGCGCCCGAGUUGCGGUAUGGCGCAUCCACCGUCAUCUUUGGCGACAAGAUCUUCAUGUAUGGUGGCGUGAUCGAGGGCCGAGGCGUGUGUGGGGAGCUGUGGGCUUUCGACGUGAGCGCGAAAACAUGGGAAAACAUCACCGUCAAGUCGGAUCAGUGUAACGAGACGUACGAGAUGUGCGCUCCGCUUCGGUCGGCAGGACACACGGCCACGAUCGUUACGAAUUAUGAAACUGGUGCCGGUGGUGGUGGCAAGAAGAUCCUGGACAGUGGAGGCAACCCCCAGAAGAUGGUGGUCAUAUUCGGCCACUCGCCCCAGUUCGGGUAUCUCAACUCGGUGCAGGAGUUUAACUUCGGCACUCGCGAGUGGAAGAUUGUACCGACACGUGGUUACCCGGUGAAGGGUGGUUAUGGCCAUUCGGCCGCUUAUGACCCGCUACGGGAACGCAUCUACGUGUACGGUGGCAUCGUGUCCGAGAGUGACAGUACGCAGCUGCUGAGUAACAAGCUGUUUAGUUACGAACCGAACGAACGGUUGUGGACGCUGCUCGAGAUGGCUCCGACGUCGCGAUUCCUGCACACGGCCAACUUCCUAACGCCGGGCCUGAUGAUGGUGUUUGGUGGCAACACACACAACGACACAUCGCAUAGCUUUGGCGCAAAGUGUUACUCGCGUGAUCUAAUGGUGUACGACGUGUUGUGCGACUCGUGGCACACACAACCCAUGCCGGAUGAGUUGUACGCGGAUUUGGCCCGGUUUGGCCACUCGGCUACCGUCUUCGAGCAGUCGUUGUACAUCUACGGUGGAUUCGAUGGGCAGAUGAUCAACGACAUGCUGCAGUACACUCCGGGUGACUGUCGGGCAUUUAACCGGUCCGAAUCGUGUCUAAACGCGCGACCCGGCGUUAAGUGCGUGUGGGACAUCCAGAAGAACAAGUGCCUGCCAGCGGCGGACGUACAACGCGAGCGGCUGUUCGACCGGGACCAGGAAAGCCUCGAAGUGUGCCCGAAGGAAAGCCGGCUCGUAAUGACCCAGCAGGAGCUGAAGUACUACGUGCUGUGUAACCAACUGAGCACGUGCCAGGGCUGCGUAUCGAGCACUUACGGGUGUAUGUUCUGCGGCAAGGGCAACGGGAAGGCCAUUUGUGAGAAGGAGAAGUGUCCGGACGUGUCGUACACGUAUCGGGCCGAUUUCUAUCCCACCAAAGCGCUAAAAGACUGCCCGGAUAACGACGAACACGUGUGCGCACAGUUGCACGGAUGUCACGCUUGCACGGCAGUUAGUGUGUGUCAUUGGGACUAUGAGCAUAGCCGUUGCCAAUACAGCCGGAACAAGUCGGGUGACGCGCUGAAUGAUGCCUGCCCACCGGCCUGCUCCGGAUUGACGUCGUGUGGAAACUGCACGCAGGAGGAAUGCAUCUGGUGCCAGAACGAGCAACGGUGUGUGGACAAAAACGCUUACACGGCCAGCUUCCCGUAUGGGCAGUGUCGCGAGUGGACGACGGGUUCGAGCAAGUGCCGGGCGGCCAGCAGCGGGAAGAGCCAGUGUGGGUUCUAUCGAACGUGCGCCCAGUGCCGGGACGAUCCGGCUUGCGGAUGGUGUGACGAUGGCUCGGUAACCGGGCUUGGCAAGUGCCUACCAGGUGGGGACAGCGGUGCGCACGAGGAACUAGAAUGUCCUGCUCAGCGAUGGCAUUUUACACACUGCCCGAGCUGCCAGUGUAACGGACAUAGCACCUGUCCGGACUCGCGUACGUGCAAGCAACCGUGCAACGAUCUGACCGUCGGUACCAACUGCGACAAAUGCAAACCGGGCUACUGGGGCAACCCGGUGAACGGUGGCAUCUGCCAGAAGUGCGAGUGUAACGGUCAGGCGCAAUACUGCCACAGCGAGACUGGCAAGUGCUUCUGCAGCACCAAGGGACUGGCCGGGGACCACUGCGAGAAGUGUGACGCGACCAACCACUACCACGGUGAUCCUAGCCGGGGUUCGUGCUACUACGAUCUCACGAUCGACUACCAGUUUACGUUCAAUUUGUCGAAGAAGGAGGACCGACACUUCACGCAAAUCAACUUCCGCAAUUCACCGGCAAAACCGGACGUGGAUGCGGACUUCACCAUUACCUGCAGCGUGGCGGCGCGCAUGAACAUCACCAUCCGAACGGUUGGUGGUAUCGAGAAGCCACUGUUUUCGGCCGUCAACUGCUCCACCUUUCGGUAUCGGUUCUCGAAGGCCGAACACAAGUUUGGCAUCGAGGACAACGUGACGCUGACCACGUUCUACGUGUACGUGUACGACUUCCAGCCACCGCUCUGGAUACAGAUCGCAUUUUCGCAGUAUCCGAAGCUGAACCUGCAACAGUUCUUCAUCACCUUCUCAACAUGCUUCCUCUUGCUCCUCGUGAUGGCGGCCAUUUUGUGGAAGAUCAAGCAGCAUUACGACAUGUUCCGGCGCCGUCAGCGAUUGUUUGUCGAAAUGGAACAGAUGGCGUCGAGGCCAUUUUCUCAGGUUUUGGUCGAUAUUGAGAGCAGAGAAUAUAACGAGUUGUCACCAGCGGUGGAAAAUAUCACCGCCGCACCUCGAAAACGCAAAAAGGAUUCUCCCAGCCCUAUCGCACUGGAGCCCUGCGAAGGCAACAGAGCGGCAGUGCUCUCGCUUCUAGUCCGGCUACCAACAGGUGGUCUUCAGCAUUCUCCUCCUGGUCAAUCGGCAGGUCUUGCCGUCGCAAGUGCAUUAGUAACGUUAGGAAACCCACGACGCUCGUCGAUAGAACAUCCGAAGGAACCUAAGACUAAGCGUAAGCAGAGCCAACAUCCUGAUAGUUGUAUAUAGAUAUCCUGUACAUGAAAUAACUCCAUCUCCCGCGCCAAGCAAGAUGGUAAACCGAAGCAACAGCAAAUGUAUCCAACACCUAGCAAAGGCGGUGCUGGGCAUGGCUUGGCCAGUAUAGCACCAGCAUCCAGUGCGGAGGAUGCGUUCUUCUUGUAACAAAUACUAUAUUUCGUGGCCCAUAGAAGGCGCCUUUCCUGUUCCCCCUUUUCCUCACCCGCUCAUGGUCGCGUCGGUUACAUCUCAGGAAUUCACGUGGCUACACGUGUGCACAUACCCGUGAGAGUGACGAUGAACGAAGCUUUAUGAUUGAAGCGAAUUGCGAUUUCAGUACGGGAGAAUGCGCAUCGUGGACAGUGGGCGUGUGGAACCGAGCAGAAUGCCAGUGGAGUUGAUGGGCUGUGGUAAUGCUCCACGGUUGCAUUAACGCAUAGAGUCUGAGACUAGAAACACGGGUCCGUAUGCUGCAUGGCAUGCGGACUACAAUAACAUUAUAUAUUAACAAUAUUACCGAUAUCAAUAGCCGUAGGGUGCAAAGACAAAGCAGUAACCGGAAAAAGGGACACGUGUGCGUGCGUGU